CGAUCGAUACGAAAUGGGACGUUCCAGUUUCCGCCUAGCCAUGUGGCACACCUCGUUGGUGGUUGCCCUGAUGUGCACCACCAGUUUCCGAGUGAACGGACUGCCCCAUCCACCGGCCACCUCAGCGGCACCCAUGAUGGAGAGGAUGGUGGAAAGGGCCUAUGACGACAAGUUCGACAAUGUGGACCUGGACGAGAUUCUCAAUCAGGAGCGCCUGUUGAUCAACUACAUCAAGUGCCUGGAGGGCACAGGUCCUUGCACUCCCGAUGCCAAGAUGCUAAAGGAAAUCCUACCCGACGCAAUCCAAACCGAUUGCACCAAAUGCACGGAGAAGCAGCGGUAUGGUGCUGAGAAGGUGACCCGUCACCUCAUCGACAACCGACCCACUGACUGGGAGCGCCUGGAGAAGAUCUACGAUCCCGAGGGUCUAUACCGCAUUAAAUAUGAGGAGAUGAAGGCAAAAGCCAAUGAGGAGUCUUAACUUAACUCCGUUGUAGGUGUUCACUUUAGUGUUUAUUUAGCUUAAACUACCAAAUAUACUGCAGAGAAGCUUCAA